GUGUACUAUACUAGAGAGAGUUAUAUAACACUAAUUGGUAAAUAUGCCUCCCAAACAUCUCAAGCAAAAGGUUACGCACUCACUCAUUCACUCACUAUUUUCAAUUUCAAUUCAAAAUUCAAAAUCAUAAAGAUCGAAUUGAAAAAACUUGGCAUACUUUUUGACACUGUUCACCAUCCCUCCAUUAGGGCCUCCCCCCUUUUUGCUCCUCCGGCAUAGAACCACACUGUUCGAUUCAAAGCGAGGAGAGAGAAAAUAUAGAGCGGUGUUUCGCACUGCGCAUCAAUGGUGUUGUUGGCGGCCAGCGGCGGCGACACCGUUAAGCUUUUUGACGUGUCGGUUAAGUCCGGCGAUCCUUGCUCUCUCAAUUACACCCCAUCGCCCGGUUGCCAAGUUAACUCCAUCAAGUGGAAUCAUACCAAUUUGGUUGUUGCAAGUGCUGGAGAUGAUAAGAAGAUUACAUUGUGGCGUAAAAAUGGGCAGAGUAUGGGGACUAUUCCUCUUUCAGGGUCUGAAUCUGGUGAUAAUAUUGAGGAGGCUAUAUCAUCCAUAAGCUUCAGCAACAAAACCUCUAGAUACUUGUGUUCUGGGGGAAGUGGUCAAGUUGUUAGAAUAUGGGAUCUACAGAGAAAGCGUUGUAUCAAAUGGUUGAAAGGUCAUACUGGGUCAAUAUCAAGUGCAAUCUAUAAUUGCAAAGAUGAGCACUUGGCCUCCAUUAGUACUAAUGGGGAUCUUUUGGUCCACAAUCUUGCCUCUGGUGCAAGAGCUGCUGAACUGAAAGAUCCUCACGGACAGAUGUUGAGAGUACUUGAUUAUUCUCGAGUUAGCCGGCAUCUCUUGGCUACAGCUGGUGAUGAUGGCUCCGUGCAUUUGUGGGAUACAACCGGUAGAAGUCCAAAGGUCUCUUGGUUAAAGCAGCAUUCUGCACCUACUGCUGGUCUUAGCUUCUCUCCUUCAAAUGACAAGAUGAUUGCUACUGUUGGUCUAGAUAAAAAGCUGUAUACUUUCGAUUCAGGUACGAAAAGGUCCUCGUUUUGCAUUGCUUAUGAAGCCCCUUUUACUUCACUGGCAUUCAGAGAGGAUGACUGGAUAUUGGCUGCUGGAACAAGCGACGGUCGCGUGGUUUUCUAUGAUGUUCGUGGAAAACCACAGCCUUUUACUGUUCUUCGUGCUUAUGGGCAUUCAGAGGCAGUCACGAGUUUGUGUUGGCAAAGAUCAAAACCUAUUGAUGUCAAUGAGAAAAAUUGUACGGCAGACGUAGCUCUUUUAGGAGGGUCUGUUGAGGACUCAAUUUUAAUGCCUGACCCACUUCCUUCAGCAACAUUAUCCAGUGUUUCACUAUCAACAACUUUGUCUGGUCCUCGACGUUCAAGCUCUGCAGUGGAAUCAGCCUUCGCUACAACAUUUACAAACACUUUGUCUUCAUCAGAGGAAACACCUCACAGAAGCUCAUUGAAGACAGGUGGAGUAUUGCCAAGACUACAUACUCGGAAUUAUAACUUUAAGGAUGACAUGGAUGUUUUCUCCCCACUUGUGGAUGUCCAGCCGAUUACGCCCGCACUUGAUAAACUAUGGAAUGAGCCUGAAGGAUCCAGAAAAGAUCAACCCGGUGAUAAAAAAAUCUCUUCACUGUUUUCCAGUCGGAAAUUCACACUUCCGGAAGGUGUCAAUGAUAUACACCCAAUUUUUGACUGGAAACCUGGCCCAGCUUCUAAACAGGAUGACACCCAUUCAUCCCUUCCUGGUUCCACUCCCAGUGCAUCUUCCCGAAGUGACGAUUCUUCAUCUAUUACUCCUCCAGAAGCUUGGGGUGGUGAGAGACUAUCAGAUAAAAUUGCCCAUCAUCGUCAGCUGGGAUCUCUGACAUCGCGUUUCAGUAUGUCAACUUCUAACAGUACUUCCACUUCAAUAUACACUGGAUUGCAAGAUCCAUCUGCAAGCCAGUCAGCCAUGAGUUACUCAACAAACGCAAGUCUUAUCUCAAGCUUGCGACCAAGAGACAUAUCAUCUGUUCAAGAAAGUUCCCCUGGAGCUUUUGGACAUGUCCCCUUUAGUGCUCUCUCGAAUCAUGGUUCAAAAUCCCAGGCAAAUCCUGAAGCUGUUGGACCAUUUUCUUUGAAUCCGUCUCGAAGAUUUACCACCUAUGCUGAGAGGAUAGGCAGUUCUGCAUCUUUCAACGAUGGUGUUUCUGCUUCAGUCGGUUCACCUAAAACAAAGAAAACAGGAGUUGAAACACGGGAAGAACUUCAGAAUAGUCUGUUGGCCAGAUCUGAUACAACAUAUGCCGCUGAACCUGGGUUGCUUCCAACUAUUAAUGGAGCACCAAAUUUACAUCAGAGAACACCUCAAGCAGACCUGCAGCCAGGAUCCACUAACUUCACCCUUCAACUAUUUCAACAUACCCUUCAAGAAACUCUGUCAUCCUUCCAGAAGUCAAUACAUGAAGACGUGAGGAACCUUCAUAUCGAAAUUCUAAGGCAAUUUCAUAUGCAAGAGACGGAAGUUUCAGGUUUUAUGAAUACAGUUGUGAAUAAACUAGAUUCACUUACAGAAGAAAUCCAGGAUUUGAAGAAAGAAAAUGAACGGCUUCGUCAAUUGCUUUGAAAAUUCACAAAGGACUUUGAGAAUUUAUUUUUACUUUUAUUGGAGGAGGUGUUUGGUUGGCGGGUUUUCAUUUAUAGUUUUGUUUUCCCUGUAUGUAUAUAGAUGCAUCAUUGAGUAGGUGAUGUUUUUUUCCCCCAUGAGCCCAGAUGAAUAUGUAUUCUUUUUAUUUAAUAUCUGGCUUAGCUUUUAGCAUUACAUAAAAUUUGUGUGAUUAUUGCUAGAGAAAGUGAGUGUUAGCCUUGAUGGUUAGAAUCGUUUGAAACAAAAUGAUCCUUCUCGUUAUUUAAUUAUGCAGUUUAGUUGUUGAUUGAAGAUUUCAACUAACUCAAUUUGAUAAGAAAGAUUUUGGGUGUACUGGCUUAUUGGUUCCCUUUGAUUUAAUGGAUAUCAAAUUUUGUCUA